CAGGAACCCCUCUCGAUGGAUUUUUCCUGCAAAGCAACCUCCUGCCUCCUCUCUUGGUUUAUAUUGGAUCGCUAAGCUCCCAUGGUUUAACACAUAGCUUGUAGCUUGAUUCGCAGAUCAAAUUUCUUGCUGAGGUGAAUGGGGAGAACAUUGGGCUUCUUCUCGAUUUUGGUGCUGCUCAUCUUGAUAAUAAGUGCCAGUUCCAGUGAUGACCAGAGAUUCACGACUGACAAGAUUCACUCCUGGUUUAAUGGAGAUGGAGAACAAGAGCAAGAAAGAGCCGGAGGGCUCAGCGACGAAGCAGAUUCGAUUCUGAUGCUGGAAAGGGGAGGGGUGGCGCGCGUCCCUGUGAAUGUCCAUAGCUUUGGUGCAGUUGGCGAUGGUGUAGCAGACGACACCAUGGCGUUCCGAAAUGCUUGGUAUAAGGCAUGCUCUUUGAAGAAUGCAGUUCUUCUAGUGCCUGAGCGGCAUCGUUAUAAGGUUAAUGCCACUAACUUCAGAGGGCCCUGUCAACGGCACCUAAUUGUCCAGGUGAAAGGGACAAUAGUAGCACCGGAUGACCCAAAGGAUUGGGAUCCCAAGUACCCAAGUAUGUGGCUAUCUUUCUCAAACCUAAACGGGGUCAGGUUCCAGGGUGGUGGGGUAAUUGAUGGUUCCGGUAGCAAAUGGUGGGCUGCUUCCUGCAAGAUCGAUAGAACCAAUCCAUGCAAAGAGGCACCAACGGCACUUACAAUUGAUUCAAGCACCAAGAUAAGAGUGAAAGGCCUCACUAUCCAGUUCGCUCAGCAGAUGCAUUUCGUGAUAUAUCGUUCAGAUGUUGUACGAGUAUCUGGAGUGCGCAUAUUGGCCCCAAAAGAUAGCCCAAACACAGAUGGCAUUCACAUUGGUGAGUCAACCGAUGUUGCCAUCCAGAAUUGCCACAUUGGAACAGGGGAUGAUUGUGUUUCAAUUGUGAAUGCUAGCUCAAAUAUCAAGAUGAAGAAAAUUAUGUGUGGGCCAGGGCAUGGAAUCAGUAUAGGGAGCCUAGGAAAGGAUAAGUCAACAGGCAUUGUUACAGGUGUUGUCUUGGACACUGCAACAAUCUCUGGCACUAAAAAUGGUUUAAGAAUCAAAACCUGGCAAGGUGGAUCAGGAUAUGUUAAGUCAGUGCGCUUUGAGAAUGUGAAGAUGAAUGAUGUUGAGAACCCGAUCAUCAUAGACCAGUUUUACUGUGAUUCCCCAGCCACUUGCAAGAACCAAACAUCAGCAGUGAAGAUAAGCCAAGUCAUCUUCAGGAAUAUAAAUGGCACCUCAAGAACUCCUCACGCAAUGAAAUUUGCAUGCAGUGACACUGUACCAUGCAGCAACAUUGUCCUGAACAACAUUAACCUCGAGACGGAAAACGGCACAGCUAAAACCUUCUGCAAUUGUGCCAUGGGAUUCCACUACGGAAUUGUGCAGCCUACGGCGGAUUGCCUCAAGUCCUCCAGCUGUGGCGGAAUCCAGGAAGAUGCCCAAAGGCAAACUCAUGAUCCUACCCACACAGAGCUAUGAUUCCUCUCCUUAAAGAAGCCAUCACAAACAAGUGAUGGCAAAGUGCCAGAAGAUAAGGCGAGUGCUCCUGGGGUUAUUGAAGAUGUGUUCAUGUCUACUUUUCUAAGAUGGAUAAUUUACUCGCAUGGC